AACCACAGAAAGCUUGAUAGCGUCGACUUCAUAGACAAUAUGCUCCCUCCCAUUCCACAGGUACUCCCAGUGGUUACAGUGCAACCGACUCUAGGAGAGGUGUUGCACGAAGUCCAAGAGGGGAUCAUACCUUUCGAAAGGGUCUGGAUUUCUUGCUACAAGACCUCAGAGACAUCAGUCCAUGGAAAAUUCAUAGCGGUACUGGAUGAUGUCGAUCGAGACCUGGUAACUCUGUCCAAAGAGGAGCCAGGAAUUGAAUUCGACUUUAUCGGUAACGGGAAACACGGUCAUGAAUUUAAAGCGUCUUGUCCUUCCCUUGGAAUUCCUGAAACCAAAAUCCUGUUACCCAGUCAAGAGUACAAUAAACUUGAUCGUACAAACACGAAGAGACCCCAGCCCAUAACAGCAUUCGAUGUGUCUCCGGAUGUCUCGAGAUUUGCCGUAGGCUACGGGGAUGGGUCCAUAUUUGUGUACCCUACCUCGUCGAUCCCCGGGAAGCCAUCAUUCCUUCAGCACAAGCCCCCUGCAUCGCAAUCCAAGGUCUCGGCACGGCCUCAUGUCAGUGAGGUCACGACCUUGAAGUUCUUCCCUUCUUCUCGGGUACUUCUGACAGGCGGACUCGAUUUCUCCCUAUCCAUAGUGUCCGCUGAGCUACCGGACCCGGCGCCUAAUGCGGAACCUCAGAAGGUGGAACCCGUCCGAACGUUCCGUGGUCACAGUCGCUCGGUAACAGGGACGGCCAUCCUCGGACCAGGUCGCAAUUUCCUCUCAUCAUCAGCAGAUUCGACAGUCAAACUUUGGGACGCACCUUCAGGGACGACGAUCAACACCAUCUUUGCCUCUUCGCGCUCACCCAUCCUCUCCAUCUCACUUGGCAGCAGGCUCUCUCGAUACGGAGAUGCAACCACCGCAACGCAUCGUGAUGAGAGGGAAGCGCAGGAAGUCGCCGACAAGGGUGUGUUCUGUGGGCUAGGGAACGGGACUUUCGAGCUUCUGGAUCUUUCUACCAAAUCAUCGGUCUACCAGUCCCCGACCACAUCGACCGCGCCCAUAUCUUCCAUUGCCUAUUCCUCGAACAUUCACCUCCUAGCCACGGGCGCCGGCAAUGGUGUGGUUACCAUCUAUGAUGUGCGGUCGCUUGACCAGCCGUUAACUUCGUUCGUCAGGCAGGAGGGGGGCAUUACGGAUAUGGCGUUCUUAUCGUCAUCCAGGGGUCCGGGGGACUUUGGGCUCGCGAUCGCGACCAGUGACGGGCUUCCAUUUGCGACCAGGUUGGGCCCAGAUGGUUCGUUCGUCGUCGACGAGCUCGUUGGAGUGGACUGUGAUCCGGUACGCAGCGUUCGUGUGCGAAAUCAGGCAGAUGGGGAUGAAGUCUGGUUGGCGAGUGACGAUGGGGUGGUUAGGCGAUAUCGACAUACAUAA